GAGAUUGUGUGUGAAAUAUACCUUUGAGUUUGGGUGACUUUUUUUUUAUUUUAUUAGUCUUCUGAUGGACGCCGCUGAUAAAGAAUAGCUUGUGUGCACUAUGCGGAAGCUUCAGCACGAAGGGAGGAACAAAGUUAACUAAGCUAGCUAUCUAGCUGCAGCACUACAGCUUUAACUUUAGCUUUUCGAAGAGUUUAAACUUAAUGACAGCGCCGUUAAAAGACGCCGUCUGCGAUAAAUUUACAGAAUGGAUGAUCCGGGUAGCGACAAGCCUUUCAUGGUGACAUCCUCUCUGAACUUGAAAGUCUCCACCCCGUCCUUCUACAACCAGCCAAAGAAGUUUGCCUCUGUGGCACCUCCACGGCCCAAAAGUCAAACGCCUCCCACAGCUCCCUCUCCAACUCCAACACCGGCCAGCACAGCUGUUAUUGGUCGAGUUGGAGAUUUGCCCCCACCACCUCCUUCACUCUCUGAUGACUUCCCACCCCCUCCUCCGCCGCCUCCUCCAGUGGAUGAUGAGUUGCCAGCUCCUCCCCCUGAAUGCCACAUUGUGCUCUCUGGCUCUGAUGUGUCACCUCCUGCCUUCCCUGCUCCACCUCCAGUGGCGGAGGACCUGUCACUCCCAGGUCCCCUGAGGGAAAUGUGUCUGCCCACUUACCCCUCUCCCCCUUCACCCCCACCUCCUCCACCUCUACCUGCUUCUGGUACCAGUAUUCCCAGUGCUGCAGGGAACCAGCAGAGGGUGAUGGCGAAGCAGACGAGCUUCGAUAAACAGCUUGAUACACUAACUGGCUUGCUUUCUGAGAUGGAGAACAGGGGGCCAUUCAACCCCAAGUUGCCCAGCCAGUAUUCUACACCAGCACCCAAGCCCUCAGCUCCUCCCCCGACGGCUCCGAAACCAGCAGUCUCCUUCCUUCCGCCUCCUGAGAUGGGAGACCGGCCACCACCAGCACCAUGGGCAGAAGAACUCAGAGCCAGAACAAACCGGCAACCUAAUCUGAAUUCAGCACCAGCUCCUGCUCCUCAGACAUUAGCUAAGGCCCCAGCUGUUGCUCCAAAAUCUGGUUUCGGAGGGAGAACAGCAACAUCGUCAUCCUCGCUUGCACAAAAACUGAAUCAGAACCUAAACCACACCACCACUCCAAUCAGUGGGGCACAAAUACCUUCCGCUGCCACAAGUUGUUUGCCCGCAGCUCCACCUGCACCACCUACUGCACAUCCUCCUCCACCAAGCAAUGUGCCUGCUGCCCCAUCUUUGAGUGACAUGAAGAAUUAUACCAAUCAGGUGAAUGCAAACCAAAACACCAUGUCUGCUGUGCCUCCUCCUCAAACCAAGCCCAUCGUGGCGCCAGCUUCCUUUAACCAACCAAUGAAAACUCCUCCAGCAUCGACGCCUUCACCUCCUGGGCCCGUUAGUGUACCUGGUGGUGGUGUUCCCAUUGUCAUGAGGGAGCUGGAGGAGCUUGAGGAGAGGACUAAAGACUUCAUUAAGAACAUGGACAAACAUGCACCAGUAAUUGCUUCCCCUCCUACAGAGGUGUGUGGGAAGUGUGGCGAUGCUUUGUCCCGUUCUCAACCGGCAGUGAGGGCCAUGGACAAACUCUACCACUCCAACUGUUUCUGUUGCAUGACUUGUCAGCGCCCCCUGCAGGGCAUGCAGUUCUACGACAGGGACGGCUCACCUGAGUGUGAGGACUGCUACAUGAAUUCCCUGGCAGUGUGUUCCCGAUGUGGAGAGCGGAUUACAGACAGAGUGCUGAAGGCUGUGGGCCAGUGUUUCCAUGCCCACUGUUUCCGCUGCAGCACUUGCUCCUGCAUACUCGAGGGGGCGCCCUUCAUCACCGAUGACAACAACAAUCCGUACUGUGUCCAGGAUUACCACAGGCGUUUCUCCCCUCUGUGUGUGAGCUGUAACGAGCCCAUUGUUCCAGCACCAGGCAGCGAGGAGACGGUCAGAGUCGUGGCCCUCGACAAGAACUUCCACCUUAAAUGUUACCGUUGUGAGGAUUGUGCUCGCCCCCUCUCCAUAGAAGCUGAUGAAAAUGGCUGCUAUCCAUUGGAUGGUAAAAUCCUGUGCAUGAAGUGCCACACCCGGCGAGCCAAGCAGGCUGCGCAGUGAUUGGUGGAAGCAUCCACCACUUAGUCCAACUAUGAACCAAAUCCAAAAGCACAGGAUUCAUUCAGCCGCCAUUUUGCCUUUCCAGCAGGGCUUUAUGUAGGUGCAGGUGUGAGAGUAAAUGUGCUGUACGGAAACGUAUGUUUGCAUGCAGAUUAGUGAAACUUGUUCUCUCAUCUCUGUCCACCUCCCCUCAGUGCAGAGGUAAUGUACUGCUCUGAAAUAGACUCAUGUCAUUUUUGAUUCCUCUCUCAUGUUGCCUUCUACGUGUGCUUUGAGCAUAGGUCUAUGUUUACGCUAACUGUUUUUAGUAUAAUGUGCACAAGAACAGUUGGGCCACAAAAAAAAUGUAAAAAAAUCUGAAGUGGACUUUUGUCAUUUCCAUCAGAACAUUUUGAAAGCUCUCUUCUCCUGUCUGCUCUGUAAAGGGGAACAGCAUAAGAGGUAAUGAGUUGUUGCCAUAGUGGGAUGACUGGCUGUAUUUUUUGACCAUUCCACCAAUUACACAUCUCUAGUUGUUUGUUAGAACAGCUUACAUUACUGUUGACACUUUGGCGGUUGUGCCUGCAAGCCUAGAUGAUGGUGAUGCCUAAAAUGUGUUUUUCCUCAGUCUUUGUACCCCUACUAGUGUUUGAAAGCGAUCUCAGGCUGUAUAACCUUCCUGCAAAAGACAAAAGCAGUGAAUGUUGCUCAUGUUUGUGUGCGUGAUGUGAAUUUGGUCGCUUGCAGGCAUGUGAUACGCUAUGUCGUCUUGGCUUUUCUUAUUUUAUCAUGCAGAAAAGUGGAAGAUGAAGUUGAUCAUUAUUUUUCUUACAACAGUCUCGAAACACUUUAAUGUUUGGUAUUUUUAGGUGCAUGUUUACGGAUGUACAGCUAUGAACAAAAAGACGAGCAAAGAUUCCACACAAACCUAACGUAAGGUGCCUGGCUAAAAACGGGACGUAUCGUGAUCGCUGCAGAUUCCCUUAAUGAAACUAAAAUCCCUUACAUGUGGCUAUUUAGUUUUAAAGAACACACCAUUUGCAAAUGGAGGUUUUGAUAUGCUUUUCUUGGCAUCUCUUACAUUGCAUAAAGUAUGAAAAUGUUUAAGUAUUAGGGUUGCAUAUUUACCAGACAACAUAAUCUGCAAUAGCACAGUAAUAGAACGGUAAACACAAGUAUUAGCCUUAAGAGAUAGAUAUUUGAUGCUUGCACAGUGACCAUUUGGCAAGGCUUAGGUUAAUGAAACACUCAUUUAAAUUAGUUUUGACAUUAUUUUGCUGAAUUUUUUAAAGACCUGUGUUUUUGUCUUGUUGUAUUCUGAUAUCAUUACAACAAAUACCACUUUUCAUUAUUCAACUUUUGUACAUCAUUUUGAAUAUAUAGAUAUUAUUUUUCUUACCAUACUGCAUUUUUUUUCUUUUUUUUUUCCUUCUAAAAUGCCCGAUUAUCAUUUUUGAGCUGGCAAUGUGCCUUCUCUACGAUUGUGUUCUAUUGUUAAUUUGUAAUCGAGCCUUGUUUGCAGCCACAGGCGUAUUCCUCUAAUAAAUUUGUACUUGUAUUAUGUCCUUGCAGUGGGGGGGGGCAACGCUGACUAAUUACUGCAUGCUAGCUGUGCAAUUGAUGUUAUUCUAGUGUUUUUUCUUUUUGUUUGUUUUUUUUUUUUUUUUUUAAACCAGCUGUUCCUUUUUGUCAUCACCGUGUGAUUAUCAUAUGAUGCCUUCUUAUUUGCAUUGGUCCCAUUGUUACAUGCGGAUGCCUUGUCUUUUCAUAUAACAUUUUAUAAAUUGCCUUUUGAUAUGUGUAUGUUAAAAAAAAAAAUAAUAAUAAUAAUAAUUAAAUAGGCUAAUGUUACCUAUCAGAACCCACCAACCCCUGUGGCUGUCAGGAUAAAUAAAAUAAAUACCAAAAGCUUCA